CAUCUCCACGUGCUGUGAGCGUUAACCGGAAGGGAGUUUGUUUUGAUGCAGUCCGUGGACAACGUGUUGCUCCACUUCUACUGCGAUGUGCUCUGCUGUGAUUGUACAAACAUCAGACAUAAUGUCAACCGUGGAAGCUCGAGAAGAAAACGGAGACCUAGAAGAAAAGCUGAGAGGGACCAAGAGGAAGAUUUCCCUCUCGAACUGUGGAGGAUGUGGAUCAGGGGAGGCGAAGUACAAAUGUCCGGCCUGUCUUGCCCAUUCUUGCAGCCUGCUGUGUGUGAAGAAGCACAAGGAGGAGUCGGGAUGCAGCGGAGUGAGGAAUAAAACCGCCUUCGUUACUCUCUCACAGUUUGAUGAGAUGGCUCUUCUGAGUGACUACAGGUUCCUGGAGGAUACAGGGAGAUUUGCUGACGGUGCCAAUAGAGACAGUCUGGUCCGAACUCCUCGAUCUACUAUUAAAGCGAAGAGGCUUGCAGCUAACGCCAGAAAGGUGAACAUCACGCUGAGGUUCCUCCCUGUCACCUUCACCAAGAGCAGAGAGAACUCCACUUUCUUCCUGUCCAAAGAGCGACUGUUCCUGUGGCACGUGAAGCUCGUUUUCCCUCAGAGCAGCACAGAGUUCAGUCAGAGGAGGGUGUCUGAGAAGCAAACCUUGGAGGAGAUUUUGACCCCGUAUAUCCACCCUACAGAGUCAGACCCUGUGACACGCCAAAAGUUGAAGAUGUAUGUGCACACUCCGUUUGAUCAUGUGAAAGUCUUCAUGAAAGCAGAGGGGAGAAAGGCCAAUUCUGUGAGGUACCAUGAGCUGGACAUUCACAAAACCCUGCGGGACAACCUGAGCUACAAAACACUGAUUGAAUAUCCUGUGCUGCAUGUCGUACUCAGAGACCAGUGGAAUAACUAUCCCCUGAAAGGACCAGCUGAACCUGCAACAGGCCGCAGUAGAUUUGCAACAAACAGCAACGAGUCGGUCCAAGAGAAGGAACAUGUGACCCAAGUUUCACCGUCCAUUCAAGGAGCCUACAACCGGACAGGUACUAACAUCUGGACAGGCACCCCAGAGACCAGCCCUGAAGCUGAACCCCCAAAACAGAAGAGGGCCAAGAGAGAGACAGGGGAUGAUGACAUGGAGGAGGGGGAGAUUAUGGACAGUAGUGAUGAAGAGGAAGAGAACAGUGUGAAAAAAGAGAGUGGCGAUGGUGCCAAACGCUGUGUUAAUGAUAUUAGAGUGAUUAAAGAUGGAACAGCAGACAGCGUGGACUCUAAUGUUGACGACAGUUUAGCUAAACACAGUGACAGCAGCAGGGACGAGUGUGUAAAAAUGGAUGUCUCCGCAUCAAGCGAUCAGUCAGCUGCCAGAGAGAGCGCUGAGGUCGGCAUGACUAAGGCUGUGGAAGAGCUGGAGCCUGUUCGGAGCCCGUCACUGUCAGGAUGAAAAUGAGUCAGCGAACACUGCUGACAGCUGUGGAUGAGAAUGAUGAUGCACAGAUGUUCAGAAUAAAAUAAAUGAGGAGGCAGACAUAUCUGACAGGAAGCCAUCAAUCUUAUGUCAGCGUACAGUGGAGCAAUCCAACCCGACAGGAUCUUCUGUUUGUUUUGUUUUUUAAAAGAUUGUUUUAAGAAACAAGAAAAAUGGUUCUGACACCAAUAUAUUUAUCUACUUAUGUCAAAUUAUUUCAUUGUUUAUGUUUUAUUUUAAGUUUCACUGAUCUGUCUAGAAACAUGAUUUCUUAAAUAAAGACUGUUUUGGCAAA